GCCCAGCAUGCUUCGGCAGGAGGAAGGGGGCGCGCCUGGUUCUUGACCCUUCGGCCUUCGCCUUGGGGGAUUCGAGCAACCUCCUUUGGUAAUCCCAACCUCUUUGGGAUUUCACCCCCUGCAAACCCCACGUUUUAGCCUGGCCUUGCCACUCAGCCCUCUACUGAACCCGGGAGCUCAGAAGUUAGCCGAGAAGCUUUGCUGCGGGAGGGCCUCCUCGACGCGCCGAAGGGAGCCGGCGGAGAGCAAUGGGCAGCACGGCCAUGGACACCAAGAAGAAAGAUGCUUCGGGCGGCGGCAAGAAGAGCUCGGGCCAGAAGAAGCGCAUGCUGCGCGUUCACAUCCCGGAUCUUAGCUCAUUUGCAAUGCCGUUCCUGGACGGAGAUGUGGACAGUUCAGAGAAACAUGCCUCGCGAAAGGUGGAAGACUGCUACAGCACCGGCAGCCCUUCCAAGGGGCUCUUCUCCAAGGGGCUCCAGAACCGCCCUUCCAGCCCCGCCUCGGCCCCUGUCAAGACCAAGCAGAGCCCAGGCUCCCCCAAAACAGUGUUCCCUUUCCCCUACCAGGAGUCCCCUCCGCGCACCCCCCGCCGGAUGAGCUUCAGCGGGAUCUUCCGGUCUUCCUCCAAAGACUCUUCCUCCCCCACCUCCAGCUCGUCUACCUCUCCUGGUGGCAUCAAGUUCUUCUCCAGGUCGAGAAAAACUUCGGGCCUCUCGUCUUCUCCGUCGACCCCAACCCAAGUGACCAAGCAGCCGACGUUUCCUCUUGAGUCCUAUAAGCAUGAACCCGAGAGGCUAGAAGCCCGGCUUCACUCGUCCUCCUCUCCCCCAGAUACUGGCCAGAGGUUCGGCCUACCGCCAGGGCAGAGCGUGGCCAAGCCUCCUACUCCCGCACCCACCCUCUGCGCUACCUCAAAAACAGCAGCUCCUGCUCAGCCCCCGGCCGCCUCCGAAGGGAUGCUGGAGAAAGUGGAGGUCGACGAUGAAGCUGUUGGCGAAUCAGAAAGUGACAUUUACAUGCGGUUCAUGAGGUCACAUAAGUGUUAUGACAUUGUUCCAACAAGCUCAAAGCUUGUCGUCUUUGACACUACAUUGCAGGUAAAGAAGGCUUUCUUUGCCCUGGUGGCAAAUGGUGUUCGAGCGGCUCCACUGUGGGAGAGUAAAAAACAAAGUUUUGUAGGAAUGUUAACUAUUACAGAUUUCAUUAAUAUACUGCAUAGAUACUAUAAGUCUCCAAUGGUACAAAUCUAUGAAUUAGAGGAGCACAAGAUUGAAACAUGGAGGGAGCUUUAUUUGCAAGAAACCUUUAAGCCUUUAGUGAAUAUUUCACCGGAUGCAAGCCUUUUUGAUGCUGUGUAUUCACUGAUCAAAAACAAAAUCCACAGAUUGCCGGUUAUUGAUCCUGUGAGUGGAAAUGCACUUUAUAUACUUACCCAUAAAAGAAUCCUCAAGUUCCUCCAGCUUUUUGUGUCAGAAAUGCCAAAGCCUGCCUUUAUGAAGAAAAAUCUGGAUGAGCUUGGGAUAGGAACGUACCACAACAUCGCCUUUAUACACCCAGACACUCCUAUUAUUAAAGCCUUGAAUAUAUUUGUAGAUAGAAGGAUAUCGGCUCUACCUGUUGUGGAUGAGUCAGGGAAAGUUGUAGAUAUUUAUUCCAAAUUUGAUGUAAUAAAUCUUGCUGCUGAAAAAACAUAUAAUAACUUAGAUAUCACAGUGACACAAGCUCUUCAACACCGCUCUCAGUAUUUUGAAGGUGUUGUCAAGUGCAGUAAGCUGGAAACGCUGGAGACCAUUGUGGACCGGAUAGUUAAAGCUGAGGUUCAUCGAUUGGUGGUAGUAAAUGAAGCAGAUAGUAUUGUCGGUAUCAUCUCCCUCUCUGACAUCCUACAAGCAUUAGUGCUCACGCCAGCAGGUGCCAAACAGAAGGAGAAUGAAACAGAAUGAUGCCUGUGAACACAUUUGUCGAGGAUCUUGAAUAAAGUUACUGGGUCAUAUUUGCCUCAAGAAUGCUGACGGACAGUAGAGAAGAGCAAAAUGGUGAUGAGAGUGUGUGUCUUGGGACUGAGUGAUGGGUAACUAGUCUACAAUCCCCCCAGUGACUGUCGCAGAACAAGCUGCAUGACAAAACAAACGAAACAAAAAGCUUAUGUAUUUUUUUAAAAGGCUUGCAUUUCAAAAUGUUUGCUGAAAGACUUCACAUGAUGUCCUUUGUCCAAAAUGCACUGUAUCCUGAAACAAUAACCAUAUUUGUAUUUGGUCAAAGUCACUGGUCAACAACAGAUCUCUGGCAUAAGGCAAGUGAAUGGCAUAUUCAUAUCAUAGUGCCUUAUGUCAAAAAGCCAACAGUAUGUCAUCACAGUUGCCCAUCAUAAGAGGAAGUCUUGUGCUAAACAAGACACUGAAUUUGAAUGUUCAAGUUGCUAAACCUAAAACCAAAUCAGUUUCAGUUGUCAUUAGAUUUGUCAUAAAAA